AUGGAGUUCGAGCUCUUGCACUCAACCACGACCGAGGUCUUAAAGCCGUUGCGCGACGCACUCAAAGGCUUCGUGUUAUCGUCUCCAUUGCUCGCGUUGUGCACCCUUUGCGCGCUACCGACGGCUUUGCUUUACCUGAGCCAUCGCACCGAGCGUGAUAUAGCGCGCGCAAACGCCGCGCUGGAGGAACGCAAGACGCGAUAA